AUGACUUUCGAUGUGCGAAUCCUCAAUGAUAAUAAUGAUGAAUAUGAUAAAAGACAACUGCUAGAGAAAACAGGAAACGAAAAAAGGAAGAGAGAAGAAAAGGAUAGACAUCUUGAGCGAGAACGAAAGAUAAUCAAAAGUAUUGAUAAAGCAAAGUCAUCACAUAAAGAAAAAGUAAAACAAAAUAAAAAUAUACAGUUAGAAGAAAGAGCGAAGGAAAAAUGGAAGGGAAAAGACAAAGAUAGAUAUAUUGCUAAGGGAGGGAAUGAAAAAAAGUUUAUAGAGAGUGAAAGACAUACUGCCCAAGAAGUGAGAGUCAAUGGGAAGAGUAGAGUGGAGGAAAUGGAGUCGCCAGAGAAGAGGAUAACUAAAGCAGUGCAUUUGGAGUGUGUGUACCAGUAUCCUGAGACAAGCCAGAUGGAAGUUCUACUCAGUGACAUGAUGAACCAGCUGACCAGGUUGAUAGUUAGCGCACAUGAGUACAGCGAAGGCGACGUGGGCAGAGUGGGCAUUAUGGGCGAUGCGCACGAAGUGAACAACCCUACGCGGUCAGGAAAACGCUUUCGUGUCGUAAACGACCGCAGCCCCGCUGUCUUCGAGACUAUCUUCAAACAACUCACCGAUGAAUACCAAAAGUUCUACAACACAACACUCCAAAAAAUCGACCGGUCAAAGGACCCGUGCGAUCACCAAACGGAAGUUAAGUACAUAUGGCAAGAUCUCCUAGCUCAGUCGCAACUCAUGUUGCAUCGCUCGACUUUGCUCGCUGCUGAGCAGAUCUCCCCGAGGAACAGAGCUGAUGGCUCCAAGCACGACAAGAUGAAGCGCAUGCUGGGGGCAGAGCUGGCGAAGAUACGCUCUGAACAGCUGGACACGCUGUGUGACAACUUUCAGCUGUGUUAUAAUGAAUUGCUUUGAUUACAUCUCAGCCAAUCCA